AAAAAAAAUAUGGAAGUGAGCAACAGAUUCAGGAGCCCCAAGCCGAUAUUGGUCAAGUGCGGUGGAUUCUCCUCCCAGCUGGCCAAGAAUGUUACCGAAAAAGUGGACGGAGAUCCGUUGUGGGGUUCCCGGUUCGAUGCCACCAAUCCCGAGGCGGUCAUCAAGACACACCUGGACUUCCUGCACAGUGGAGCGGAUAUCAUUCUGACGAACACAUACCAGUCUAGUGUGGAUGGCUUCGUAAAGUACCUGGGUGUCAGCAAGGAGCGUGGCAAGGAGCUCAUCCGUAAGAGUGUUCAACUGGCACAGGAGGCCAAGGCACAGUACCUCAAGGAAACCGCUUCCGACUCAACGUUACCUCUUAUAUUGGCUUCUAUUGGACCAUAUGGAGCCUGCCUGCACGACGGAUCUGAGUAUUCCGGCAGCUACGCGGACAAGAUAACCAAGAAACAGCUCCAGGAAUGGCACAGGACCAGGAUAGAGAUCUGCCUGGCAGAAGGAGUAAAUGGACUGGCCCUGGAGACAUUGCCCUGCCAGCUAGAGGCAGAGGCUGUUACCGAACUUGUACUGGAUUCCUAUGAGGGUGUCAAUUUCUGGGUGUCCUUCCAGUGUCAGGACAAUGCCCGCCUUGCUAGUGGGGAAUCCUACGCCCAGGCUGCUCUCUCCAUCUGGCGUUUAGUCCAACAGCGACAGGCUCAGCAUCGACUCCUGGGAAUCGGUGUCAAUUGUGUGAAUCCACAAUUUGUAACACCUUUGCUGACGUCCUUUUUGAAGGCUGCCGGUUCGAAUGAAAAAAUUCCAUUGGUGGUUUAUAGUAAUCGCGGUGAGAUUUACGAUGCUGAGCAGGGAGAGUGGACCGGUACGGGUGAGCAGGUGGUCAAGUUUGUCCCCGAAUGGAUCCAGCUGGGAGCCGGCAUCGUCGGCGGCUGUUGCCGUGUGUAUCCAUCCGAUGUGCUGGAGAUUCGCCAGUACGUUGAUGGCCUCAGCAUAGACGCGUAAUCGGUCGCGCACUCCAGCCACUGAUUAGACGAGAGCCGUUUCGUGUGACUAGCCUAGACCUAUUUAGUUUGCAAAUACACACACACACACACUGUUCUGUACUAUAUGUACCAAAUGUACCCACAUCAGAUGGCCGGCUAAUCAGUAGACGGAGUCCGGACGAUCUGCGAUCGACGGACGUAGUUGCCGAAAGGUAAACAGGGCGGGAUGACUGGACGGGUGGGGGUAUGGACGUGUCCGGCACCCAGCGACAAUUUUUAUGUUUUUUUUUUUUGCAAUUUGCAAACCAAGCUCAAUUUGGAUUGGAAUCGCAGCAAUCUCUGAUUCAACUCUGGAGUUCCAAAGUGCAUUUUUUGUUACCAAAAUUUCAGAAUAAUAUUUAGUAAUAACGGUUUCAGUUGAAAUAUUUUUUGUAAAAAUUUUUUGAAUUUAUUAUUUAUAAUUUAAGUGAAUUCUUGUUUUAAUUUCAUAACUUUUGACUGAGAAAAGUAUGUCUUACUAUUCAAUUGUCUUUUGAAAUGACACCCAUCUUUAAAAUUUUUGUUUACUUAUUUUUUUAUUCUUUAAUUAAAAUUAGAAAACCUUGCUUGUUUUUAAAAACAACAUAGGAAUUUUGUUAUUUUGGACUAUACACCUUUCUGAAACCAUAAUGAGAUAAGACUACAGCGCAUAAACAAACAAAAAUAUCAACCUUUUCUAUGUACCUUUCUUACAUAAGCUCAGAACCUGAUUCAAUAAAAUAAUAAAUACAAAAACUA